AUGGACGCCGCUCAACCUCGCGCCACGGCUCCUUCCCAUGCUCAGGGCGGGGGUGAAGCAGAACCGACACCGCUCGAGCAAGACGUGCUGAACGAGUACGCGAAGCUCGUCGGCAACCUCGACAACCUCUCCAGCAUCCUCGCGGAGCUGGCGGCAAACCCCUCGGUGGAGAUUCUGGAUGCUUUGCGCGGGUUAGAGCGCAAGACGACGACCGUUUUCACGCUGCUAAAGGCGAGUGUGUAUAGUAUUGUGCUGCAGCAGGAGAUCUAUGGGGAGGAUGAGCAGCAGCAAGGGGGGUCAUGA